AUGGCAACCUUCAAAACUGCUGUCGAUAAACUGAAAGAGCUCUCAGGUACCCUCGUUUCUAGUGUCAACGUUUAGUUUAGCGUUUGUUUUCCAUCGCAAAUUUCAGUAGGACUUAGUGAAGAGGAACUUGAAGAGUUGAAAGAAAUUCGCCAACAAACCAGAACGAUCGCCGAGAUCUUCGGCGUGUUCGGAGUGCACGACAAGAAAAGAUGGAAGGAGGUGAAGGAGCGAUAUCGGAAAGAGAAAGAGGCGCCGCGGAAGAAGCUUCUCGCGAUGCCGUUCAUUGACAAGUGCAAACUCUUUGAAACUAAACUUCCGAACGCGGCGAGCAACGAUAAGCGAAAUUCUUCUCGGCUCCUACUCAAUCACAUCAGUCGCCAUAAGGUUUGCCUCCCGAAAAAGUGUGUGCUUAAAGAAUCCAUUUUAAGGAAUUGUACAUGCCGGAGACCAAGUACUUGACAACUGUGAGCACUGGCCAAGAAGGUCGGGCGAUCACUUCCCAUUCUUGGACGUCUUCCGAUUCCAGCGAGAGUUUAGACGCGCUCGGUGCGGGCGCGGAUACUUUGUCGAAGAUGGCCUACUCGAACACGACCCAGUCGGAAUCGGAGACGACCAUCUUCGACGAGGGCUCCACUCCGGUCAUCUACAAUCCAGAGCUGGCGACUCCGUUGCACACUUGCAUUGAGUAG